CCCUCUCGCCUCCUCCCUCCUCUCGUUUGCUCUCCUCUCUGCAGUGCACGCUGGCUGAACUCCACUCCCAAAACUUUCUUCUCACACGACUGCGAGCGUCUGGCUGCGCUAUUUUGCAUGUUAUAUGUAUUUACUUUUGAAAAGGGAUGCAAGGUGAGCACAGGCUGCACAGUGAGCGCACACUGAGGAUCCCGGUGGCGUGAACGUGGAGGAGAGGAGCACCAGUAACUGAGCAAAACCUUGACUCGUAAGCAGCAGUGUCGCUCAAUUAGGCCUCCUCCCCUCUGGCUGCAGGAGCCGCUCAGGGGCCCACACGCUCGGAUGCAUUUAUCACUGGAUACCAUGAGCAUGGUGGACGACAGCUGCCUCUCGCCCAGCAACUUCCACGACUUGGCCAAAGGCGGAGGCAUCACGGUGGGGGGCCACGUCCACAGCAUCGACGUCAUUCUGGGAUUCAGUAAAGAACAGGAUUCCUUGCUCAGCCCCGCCGGCAUCCCGGGGCCUCAGAAGGUGGCCGUCGAGGGCCUGGCGGAGCCUGGGAAGCAGCACGAGUCCCACCCGUCCUACAGCGGCCACCUUGGACCUCUUCAAGACGAUAGCUCAGAGCAGCAGCACCAGUAUCAGGAUGAUGACCUGUUUAGCAAAAAAUGUGAGGAGGAACUGAGGAAAAGCAUCGAGAGCGACGAGGGCAAGUCACCCGAGCCGUGCAAGGACGAUCAGCCCAAGAAGAAGCACCGGCGCAACCGAACUACCUUCACCACCUACCAGCUGCACGAGCUGGAGCGUGCCUUCGAGAAGUCCCACUACCCUGACGUGUACAGCCGAGAGGAGCUUGCCAUGAAGGUCAACCUCCCCGAAGUCCGAGUUCAGGUGUGGUUUCAGAACCGAAGAGCUAAAUGGAGGCGUCAGGAGAAAAUGGACGCCAGCACCAUGAAGCUCCACGACCCGCCGAUGCUGUCCUUCAACCGCCCGGCACCGGUCCACACCACCAUGGGACCCAUGAGCAACUCCCUCCCGUUGGAUCCGUGGCUGACCUCCCCGUUGUCCAGCGCCACGCCAGUCCACAGCAUCCCGGGAUUCAUGGGCCCGGCUCAAGGCCUCCAGCCCAACUAUCCCGGCCACGGCUUCCUCAACUCCAGCCCUCAUCCGUCCAUGGGUCAGGGAAUGCAGAGUGUGGCGCCGCCGCCUUACCAGUGUCCGGCGCCGUACCCCGACAAGUUCCCGCUGGAGGACAUGGACCAGCGCAGUUCCAGUAUUGCUGCACUGAGGAUGAAAGCCAAGGAGCACAUCCAGUCCAUGGAUAAAACCUGGCUCCCCAUGUGAUGAACAACAGGGAGUGUGACACUGAGUGGCUCCACCGAGCGCAGACACGGUUGCCUGAUGCCAGGGACGUUACCCACAAUGCAAAGGAAAAGGAUUCUAAACUGAGGAUUUAGAGACUUUCUUUUUACAUUUUUAUUAUUCUUACUCUUUUUUUUUUUUUUUUUUUUUUUUUUUUAAUACAUCUCAAGGACAUAAAGUGGAUUGGUGAUGUGUUUUUAAACUGCCCUUUUUGAACGUGCGGCCAUAUUUCCAUUACAAUGAAUCUGGCUACUAUGUCGUACUUUCUGCAGUUCCUUUUCUUACGUUCUUACGUUCUUACGUUUACCCAUGUCCCGCUUGCUUUGCUUCAUCCCUAAAUUGUGUUGUUUUUUGUUUUUUUUUGUUUUUACAAAUUGCAUCCAAUUGACAACUUUCUAAUGGGCUAAUCUGAAUGUAAAGUCUAAAGGAGUAUUAGGGCCACGCUGAGAAGAUUAACUUUGUUUGGACAAUAACACUUUAAAAAGGAAAUCCCAACCAAAAAUAGACUAUUCUGUCUACUCUUGUACAUUAUAACUUUGUUUUCCUUAAGUUACUAAGGUAUGCCUUUUUUUGCGCUCAAUAAAUACAUAUUUCUCACAAAGUUAUGACUAUUUGAAAAAAGACUAUGAUGAACUUUUUCCUCAUAACACGAUGGGUUUAUUCCUCUAAAAUUUUAACUUUAGUCUUGUAAGAUUAUUGGGGGUAAAAAAUUAUUUCCCCCCCUGAAAAAUCCUUCGAGUAUUUUGACAUUUUCGUAAGACUUUUUAACUCCCAAAAAGUGUCUUUUUCUUGUAACACUAUAACUUUAUUUUCAUAAAAUUAUACUUUUUCUUCCUGGAAAAAAAACAACCUUUAUUCUUAUACCAUUACAACUUAGGUUUUCAUAAAAUUAUGAAUGUGUCCCUCCUUCCACCCCCAAAACCUUUUUCUUAUGAAGUUAUGAAAAAACAAUUUUUUUUUAAAUGUUGGCUUAAUUUGUUGUUUUUUUAAUAUAUGAAAUGACAACUUUAUCCCCAUAAGAGUACGGGUGUUUCUAAAAAAAAAUAAAAAUAAAAAAAUGUGACGUUUCCCCCUUAAAAAUGCAACUUCAUCUUUUUUCAUAUUAGUACAUGAACAUUUUUCAUGAAAGAAAAGUACCUUUUUCCCCUCAUAUGAUUACAACUUUUUGUUUGUUUUUUCAGUGUGCACUGAUACUCCUUUUUAGGUCCGUCGCUGGGCUGGUUCCUUAAAAGUUGUUUUGUUUUGUUUUCUCAUGCUUUUACAAUUAAGGAGCAUACCUGUAUAUUUAUGGUCCUGGAGAAGGUACAACAGUUACUUGUGUGUACAAUAAUUAGUCCUGUGGUGGGUACAUUAGUAUAGAUGGUACCUUCAGGGGUAGAUAUAGAUCACUAGUGUACCCCUAUUCCUCACAGUGUGGGUGCAUUUAAGCCUGCUGCUCACUGAUGGCAAAAAAAAAAUAAUUGUGUAAAGACAAUAAUUGCUCUAAGGGUGGCAGAUUCUGAGGUACGACUGCACCUUCUAAGUGGGAAUAUACCAAAAAAAAAAAAAAAUCAUGCACAGUUGCUUUGUUGGUGUGCUGUCAUGCUUUAACGAGAGAGGGAUGGAAUGUAGCAAGUAAAAAAAAAAAAAAAAAAAAAAAAAGGAAGAAGAAGCCUGCAAGAAAAAAGAAACCAACAACUGUUUUGCUUAAUUUCUUGUGCUUGAGUGGCUGUUGGAGGAGAAAGGCUGUUGGCAGCUCAGUAUUGGGUGGCUGCGUGUACGUGCGGGGCAGCACUGUGUGAUGCGUCACCCCGCAUAGUUCAGCCUUUGUUCAGCACAAUUGAUCCAAGUGUAUUCUCUUUGUCUGCACUCUAGGGGGGGAACGGUCUCAGGCAGCACUAAAUAGGCCCUUGUAACCAUUUGUGUUUCUUUCUCAAUCAAAAGAGGGGAAGCAUCGAUUGGAGCUGCUAUGAUCAUUAGUGACACUAUAUUGGUCUCGUCCAUCUGUCCGAGUUUGGCUCCAGUUAUGACAAAAUCACAAAUUUAAUGGUUGGAAUAUAACUAUCGAUCAGUUGCUCUUUUUUGCAUUGUACGGUGUGUUCUUCUAUUGCGGGUUAUUGCUUCUUGCUGUCUGGACAUCUGAUUGGACCUCCAACUGUGGACAAAAUGAGGAUUACCUUGCACAAAUAGAGCUUCCUCCAUAUGUGAUUUGGGACCAUGAAUAAGCCAAAGGUUACGGACAAAACUGCACUAGAUGUGUGGGUUUUUGCUCGUUUGUUUUUUUUUGUUUUUUUUUUAUUAUUGGAAACAGGGUUUCUUUUUCUUUUUUUAUACCCUGUGAUGCUGUUUUGUUUGUAGAAAGAUAUGUUAUAGUGAUAGCAUCCCUUUCUUUCCUUUUAUCUGGAACAUCGAGGUGCAUACUCUAGAAAGACGUGAACAAAGAUCUACUGGAAAUAAAUAUAGUUUGAUAGAA